AUGCAGGGGUAUUCGUAUAUGCCCCCCACCGGCCCUCCCCGCGAGGGUCAAAGAAGCAUAUACUAUGUUUUCGUUGAUGAGCACAAUAGACACAAAAGGCUCAAGGUCAUGCGCGCAUGCAAUGGCUGUAGGAAGCGAAAAAUCAAAUGCGAUGCUGCUACAACAAACAUCUGGCCUUGUUCUGCCUGCAAUCGACUGAAGCUAGUUUGCGUGCCUCCAACCAUUGGACAAGAGAGCGAUUUCUCUUCAGGACCGAGCGUUGAACCAUAUUCCAUCAACACGAUUAAUACCCUCAAUGUGCCAGAAUCUUCGCAUCUGACUGCAUUCCAAACCUACCGCGACGGCGUUGCACCUCAUGGACAGGCUGCUAAUCAAUAUAAUGACGGAGUAGGCUCAUUUUCUCAGUAUGCGCCUGGUGCCGUGUCGACGCAGUCGAGUCUUUAUGGGAUAAGAUCGCCUCUUGAAGCUGUCUCGCAAGACUCAUAUCAAGCGCAUCAGUUGUUUUCUGUUUCUCAAGCACGCUCCAUAGGGCCAAACGAUGGUAUAGAAUAUGGCGACCAUGAGCACUCCACCGCCGAAAAUCUCAGUGAAGUACUGGGUGAAUUGAGAAUUGAUGAGACCGGAAUUGCACCAUAUAUCCGACAACAAAGGACAGACAGGACCGAGCCGGAAAUUCCUAUCCAGGAUGAAGUAGAGGAAUGUUUGCCUCCCCUGCGCACUGGGUCCGGCUCCAAAAUCCGCAUUCCUCCAGAACUCAUGCCAUCAGACGACGAAGUCAUGAAUUAUUUCAAGAUCUAUUUUGAUGACAUUCAUCCUUACGUUCCUGUUGUUCACCGGGCGCACCUGUAUCAUCAGUGGCAGCAUGACCGAAAUUCAAUAUCGCCUCUCCUCCUUGAAGCUCUAUUUGCAUGUGCAGGAAGGUUAUCGGAUGAUCCCGCUCAAGGGGCUCAGUGGUUGGCACUGGCAACCAGACAUGAGUCUAGCUUCAUGGAUGUUCCGCGCCUGAGCACAAUCCAGGCGCUUCUCCUUCUCUUGAAAGCUCGAGAGUCAUUACCCAAAAAAGGCUAUUAUUAUCGGUCUUGGCAGACGGUCAAGACGAUAAUAUCUAUGGCCAAAGAUCUGGAUAUUCAUGAACACUACAGCACGCAUCUUGAGGAAAAAACCUGCAACCUGAGCCCCGUUGAAUGUUUAGUUCAAACUAGAGUGUGGCAGGCCCUCUUAGUUGUCGAGGUAAUGAUAGGCGCCCCGCAAGGACGUUCGGACUAUGGCGUAGAUCCACAGACGGUCGACAUGCAACCCGAGCUUGAUGUCGAAAACAUGGACCAGUUCGAAAUUGAUCGAUCUAGGCAGUAUGCCUAUUUUGUUCGGAACGCUCAUCAUAUACGCAUACUUACAGACGUUUACCACAAAAUCAAACGACAAAAGGACUGGGGCUCCAACUCCAAAUUCGUCGAAAACAACCCGCUUUUUGCAGACUGGCUGCAAAGCCUGCCUCCGGAUCUGCAGGUCAAUUACCCCCCAGACGGCUCUCCUCCUUGGAUCCCUUCUCAUUUUGUCGGCAAUAUGCAUUCACACUGCCAUCUUGGCAUAGUACUCUGCCACCGACCACAAUUAAUCGCAUCAAAAUUUCCAGCCAGUGGAAAUUGGAAGACGCAUAUGUCGUUAUGUUACUCAUCUGCCAAGUGUCUCUGCAGGCUUCAAGAGGCAAUCCUUGCUCGUUUCGGGCUAUCGGGUCUUCUCUACAUGCAAAGAGGGAUAAAUUUCACAAUUUACUGCAUACUUACAUGCACAAUGUUACAUCUGGUUGCUAUAACCUCCCCCGAUCCUGAGUUCCAUACUGAUGCGCGGGAAUACUUCACACGCCACAUGCGCAUACUUGAGCGGUGCUCAUCUGCCUGGCCAAUGCCAGAGAUCCAAGCCCAGAUUGACUCUUUACGACUUGCGUUUUCCGCUAACAUUAACCGUCCAUUCGAGCUCAAAGCCACUUUUCCUUACGGGAGCCCUUCGGAGCCCUACCAACCCAGCCCUACACUGGAGACACAAUACAACCCGCAACCCAACCAAAUAUCCAAUCUACAAGAAAGAGCCGCCUUCCAUCCUUACCCUAUUACUCCUCCAAUAUCGGCUGGUACUGAAGACUCUAAAGCCGGGACUCCCCAGCUUCACCCUCCAGCAUUACUUUCAACGCAUUCUGUGCAUGCAGAGGGCCCAUUAGUUGAUGAGAGCAGUUGGGAUCCCACUCGUAUCAUCAACCAAUGGGACAUGGCAUUUUCAUUCAGUCCUGCUGUGAAUUCAAAUUCGCCGCCAAUGGCAAUUCCUGGAACAUCGGAAGGGUUGCAGCCUACAAUUGCGGAUCAGUAUACGCUGCAAUAUCAGCAGCCAGCCAAGCUUCCAGUUACACAAGCCUCAGCGGUCCCGCAGCCACAGAUGAGCGGGCAACCAGUGGUUUUCACGGCGCGUGACUGGCAGCAAAGUGUGGCAAGCGUGUAUGACCCGCACGGCUUGAAAAGGAGAUGGAACUACUCUGUUGACAUGGAAAUGGAGAAUAACACCAAACGACCUCGUUAA